AUGGACAAUGAUCAACAUAAGUUUUUAAUAAAUCUUGGUCCUUGCCAGCCCCAAUUGAAGUCAUUCCCUGAAAAUGAAGCAAUACCAAAGAAUAAGGAUUACAGCCAAAAAGAGGAUAAAGCACACUGUUUUGGAUGUUCACUAUUUCCCUCAGGUCCCGGUAGAAAGGGAAGUGAUCAAGCUUGGGUAAACUGGAUCAGAGCGUGGCACAAAAUGAAAAGCGUUGGCACAAAUAAACCAGGAAAGCUUGUGCAACAUUUUUCUAGUGCUUCCCACCAAGCCGCUCUUGCAGAUUUUGCUAGAUUUUCCAUAGAAUCCUCUCACAUUGAUGUCGUAAUCAAUGCACAAAUGAAGGAAAUCCUUAUCCAAGAAAAGGCUGAUGAAGAAAAGAGCAAAGCAAUUACGACAAUACUUUUUGAUGUCGCUAGAACAUUGGCCAGGCAAACAUUAGCUUUCAGGGGAUCUGGCAAUGAUGAUGAUGGUAAUUUUAUACAGAUUGUCCAUCUCCUUUCAAGGCAUUGCAAGGAUUGCAUCUAA